AUGGAAGCGGACCGGGAUGAUGGGAGGUUGAAAAGACAAGUCCUGAAAGCCUUCCAAAUGCGAGCAGUUACACUGGGCAAGGGUAUUCUUUUUGCAUGGGAUGAGUCUCGGGAUGGUUUCAGGAGUGCGCUGGAGCAUGCUGUGCAAUUUCUGCUGGAGCGUGGCGCUGAGGAGCGUGAGCAGUGGCUCAACAAACUAACCGGCUUGCUAUCAACGCGAAAAUUACCAAAAAUAGCAACACCGAUCGACCGGAGAGUUGGUGAGUGUGGAUAUGUUAUUGAGAUUCCAGCUAGUACUGUUUCUUGUGCGCAUUUGGGGCCGUUAAUUACUGUGAUCGAUCUUUUCUCCGCUCCACGUCUCCGCUACGAUGAUGAGCGGAAGAUUCUGGUGCAGGUCAAGGGUGCCGCAUCAGCCAUUGGAAAAUCUGAUGAUUUAAAACAUCUCUACCGAAAUCGCUUGAAGCUCGUCAUACAGGUCUGA